AUGGAAAGUUGGUCAGUUGAUCAAGUCUGCAACUGGUUGAGACAGAGAAAUUUAGGAGAACUAGUUCCUAAGUUUCGUGAAGAAGAAGUAAGUGGAGCAGCUCUGCUGGCUCUUAAUGAUCGUAUGGUGCAGCAGCUGGUGAAGAAGAUUGGGCACCAGGCAGUGCUGAUGGACCUGAUUAAUAAAUACCAGCAACAAAAAAGUGGGCUAGAAUCCCUUACAUACUGCUGUGAAACAGCUUCUCCAAAAUUUCCAGAAGUAAUCAGUGGAAAAAAUCUGAAAUCAUUUUUUGCAAGAUAUAAGACGUUGCAGUGGACAAGUUCUUAUGCUUUGCCAGACUUCCCUUACGAUGUCAAGUGUGUAUUGGCAGAAAGAAAAUGCCCUGAUCACAGUAUGAGAAUAAGGAUUAUCGAAUUUUUACAAGCAGACAUGACAAAAUACCUAGAAGGAUCACUGUAUCCAAACAGUCAGCAAUAUAACGUUGUUGUCAAUGCUCUGCUGCAGGCGUACCCAUUCCUUGAUGAAAAUGGGAAUGGCUUUUUGCUAUGGAAACGGGCCCUUAAAGAUCGUUUCAAGUAUGUGCGGAGACCCAUUGAAGAUGAUGAGCAAGUCCUGAGGAACAAAUGCAAGUUUGGCCACAGGCGAGGACAGACCAGGAAAUCUUUUGCUGAAAACAAGCCUGAUGAUGUCCAGGUGCAGGUAGAGGAAGAACCUGUUCAUCUUGAAGGCAGUGCAAUGGAUGUACAUAUUAAGUGGCUUAAGCAAGAAUAUAUGAAAACUCAAAGGAACUGGAAAGAAGUGGAUAACAGAAUGAAUGUGACAAUAGAAAUACGGAGAAAGAUGAUCAGUGAUAAGGCACCUUUAAAAGACAUUCUUAGACUAUUUCCUUUCUUAAGAUGCCCUUAUCAGCUUUUUAGGGAGUUCCAGCUUCUCACACACACGGACAUUUAUAAGAAAACAGUUGAGAUUUUGGAGAUUUAUUCAGAAAACAUAUUAUCUUUGUAUGUGGUGAGGAAUAAUCCAAUUAACAUUAUGCUGCAAGAAAAUCUGAAGCGGCACACAGAGGAAGACAUUCUGAAAUAUAUGAAAAUGACUGCUGCAUGUUUACUCCUGCCAGAUGUCUUUGGAGAUGAUUCCAGUCUGUUUGCUGCAGUGAAUGAGGAGGUAAAGGCAGUGACACCAGUGUUGGAAGUAAAAAAUCCAUUCAAUGUGAAUUCAUGCGAGUUUGCCCUGUAUGUAGGAAGAGAAGAGCUAACCCAGCUCAAUGACUGCACCAUGGCCCUGGCAGCACUGGUAGCUGCAUUUCAUGUGUUCGAUAUUCCAUGCCCAAAGAGAAUCCACAGGACGCUGAACUUCCUGGAGUCCCUGGUCUUUGAAGUGAGGAGGCCAGCAUCCCUGCCCACCCAGGUAAAGAGAGGGCUGGAGGCACCCGAGUACCCCAGUAUCUGA